UCCGAUUUUACAGCGCUUUCUGCACUCGUUACGGUACGGUGUGUCGGGGCCUGGUCUGGUCUGGUUCUGUGUGUACUGCUGCUGCAGCUGCGAUUCGAGACCGCAUACGUCCAAAGGACGGUGGAAAGUUGGUUCAAGUGCAUUGGAUUUUUGUACGGCAGAAAAAGGAGUGCUUGCUGUUGUGUCUGUCACAUCCUGUGCGCCCGGUGGUGGUACGACUGCGAGUGUAUGCACGCGUGAUUAGCGGAAGAUGAAAGUCACUGACAAACAGUGUUGCCGACGGUGUCGUUUGUGCUGCCGCUGCGAUACGAAUCCGUAAUAAGACACAACCGAAUUCGGCAUACGUAGGGACCGUAGCGGCGUAGUUGAAAUGCGUAACAACACCGCCGAAAGUGGUAGCACCAGCAGCAGCAGCAGCAGUAGCCGGAAGCAUACGACGGAUGGAACAGGCAAAGGAGCCACUGCUUUUGCAAGGUCGUUGUCGGUCAAAUUGUGAAAUUCCCACAUUGUGUGGUUAAUAACGUUGGCAGGUUGGUUGGUGCGUUUGUGGAGAAAGUGAGGAGUGACAGAGUGAAAGAGAGAGUGUUAGUCAGCGUAUGUGCGUCCGUGUGUAUGUGUGUAUACUAUGUGUCUAGUGCAGUUCUCGCAGCCGCGUAGGAAGUGCAACAGUGUGAAGGGAGUGUGUGGUGCAGCAAAAUGAGAAAUGUCAAACAAGGCCACCGAAUCCACGGUCUACUUGGAUAAUCAAAACAAUCGCACCAACCUUCAGCGCGUUUUGGAUUCCGUUUACUGUUGAAGAAGUUCUACCAAACGUAGUUUGCUUUUGUGACUUCGCUGGGUAGUAGAAGCAUAAAGCUGAGUAUGUUUAUUUGUCGUGCCGUGUGCCGUGUUUUGCAUCAGCCCAUUGCGGGGCGAAUUUAAAACCCGUACCGUGUGCUUGUUGCUUGUGUAAGUGCGUGAGCGUACGCUUGUGUGUGUGUGUGUUUGUGUGAUACAUUUUUGUUGUGAUUUUGUGCCCAAGUGCUCAUGGGGAGAUGUUGGCGGAUAUCGGGAAGGAUUUCAGCAACUAAGGCCAGCACCGUCUGCACCCACAACAGCGAUGGGAGACAGUAGCGGUCCACAGCGUUUCACGAACUAUUUGCAACCAGCCAGCCAGCAGCAAACCACACCGAACAUGAUCGUACAGCAGCAUCGUCACUUCCAGCACCAGUGCCGCAUAUGUGGUGUGAACGAAGGGCUUCGACGGUGUAGCCGUUGCCAGAUUGCGUACUACUGUUCGGUUGACCAUCAGCGGAUAGACUGGAAGGUACACAAGACCGAGUGCCGUUCGAUACAUCUGCCACCGCAGCCAUCGUCAACAAUGGUUGCGGCAGCAUCGAUGCAGCUGCAACAGCAACAGAAUCGGCAAACACUUUGUGCAAUAUAUCCUGCUGUUCCUUGCAGCGAUGGACACCAGCAGCAGCAGCAGCAGCUGGGAAAUGUUUUCAUGCCAUCAUCCGCCGCCACGACCGAAGGCAGCAGUUUUUGUGUACGUGCAGAAAUGCUACAACCGAACAGCAGCACCAACACCAUCAACGGUGGGUUUGUGCCACAGGCAGCAAAUGUAAACAUCGCUGCACACCCUUCACUAACACAGUCGCCCGCAGAUCAGAAUGCGUCUUCUGCUAUCGCCACCGUCCCUACCCACCACCCUACGCCAGCAACCACCGCAACCCCCGUUGUUGGCCCUAUGUACAACGGCGGGGAGUCAGCUGCAGCGACGACGUGCGCGCGAACGCAGCAACCGAUGAUAGCCUCCGACGGUAGCGACAGUGGCGAUGAGUUUCUGAACGAGCUCGCAGUUUCAAAGUUGUUUCCGAUCGAUGCACUCGCGUCCGCCGAGGAGCUCGCCGAUCUUGACCAGCUCGACGUCGAUCACAUACUGAACGAGAACAAUUUUCUCAACAACAUUAACAACUUAAACGUAUUCGACGGUACCGAACAGCACCAGCAGCAGCAGCAGCAGCAGCUGCCAGAACAGUUCAUCGAGUCGGAUUUUGCAAUCACAGAAGACGUACAGCAGCAGCAACAGACGCCAGACAACAACAAUCGGUUCGAUACCGACCUUAGCACGGACGCGGUCGCCUUUCUGAACAACAAUAACCAUUUUGUGCUUGACAAUCCGGCCGUGCCCGGCAGUGACGGUGGUGACCACGGUCAGCCAGUAGUGUUGCUCGAUCCAAGUAACCCGGUGUACUCGGGCAGAGCGUCGAAGAUGCAGCUAGCACAGUCGGGUGGCAGUGUGAUGUUGCUACAGCAACCGCAGCAGCUUGACCAGCGGACAACAGCAUCCAAAGCGCAGCAGCAGCAGCAGCAGCAGCAACAACAACAGUUGGCCGCCCUCCUCCGGCAGGCCAGCAGUGCGGUAGUGGAUAGUGGACCAAUUCUAGCAAAAGUGGAGCAAGCAAAGCAGCAAGACAUUCGCAAGGGAAGGACUCAACAGGUUUCGAACCUUAGUGUAGCUAACAAUGGAAAGCCCACUUCCGGUCCGGGUGUUGUUUCCACUGGGAGCAGUGGUGGCGAUGCGACGCCGCAUUCUGCUGCCAGUGAGGGCAGUGGAGCUGCUGCCGAAAUGUUCGAUUUGGACUGUGAAAAUUUGGACGAAGCCUGCCACAGCUUGAUACGGGAUAUGAACGAGUAUGGCGUGUGCGUGUUGGACAAUUUUUUGGGCCAGGAGCGGGGUCUGCAAGUGCUCGACGAGGUGACCGGGAUGUAUUCGUCCGGAGUGUUUCGGGACGGGCAACUAGUUUCGAACCGGGUUGGAAACAAUCUGCGCCAUAUACGAGGAGACAAAAUCACCUGGAUCGGUGGCAAGGAACCUGGCUGCAGCAGCAUCGGAUACCUUAUCAAUCGUGUCGAUGCAGUCAUUACCAACUGCAAGCGUAUGGAGAACAAUGGCAAACUUGGCCGAUAUAAUAUCAAGGAGCGAACAAAGGCUAUGGUCGCAUGCUAUCCUGGGUCCGGGUCCCAUUACGUGAAGCACGUUGACAAUCCCAACCGGGACGGACGCUGUAUUACCGCCAUCUACUAUCUUAACCUCGAUUGGGACGUGCGGGAAAGCGGUGGUUUGCUCAGGAUUUUCCCGGAGGGAUGCAACGAUCGCGUUGCCGACAUUGAGCCCAUCUUUGAUCGCAUCCUGUUCUUCUGGUCGGACCGGCGCAACCCGCACGAGGUCCAGCCGGCCCAUCGCACCCGGUACGCCAUAACGCUCUGGUACCUGGACGCGGAGGAACGGGAAUCGGCCCGGUUGCGCUACCAGCUCGACUGUGAGAAACGAUUAAAGGCUUAGUGUUUUGGGAGGGUGUGGGGGGGGGGGGAGGGGAGGCGGGUGUCGGUGUCGUCAAAGCAAGUCACACGGUAAAGCGUAAUCGAGUACUUGUGCUCGCGAUCGUACCAAAUCGAAUAAUUUAUUAGCAAAAUUGUUAUUCAAAUGUGAUAUAACUAUUAUAGAAAUGUGUGUGUGUGUGUUUGAGUGUGUGUGUGUGUGUGUGUGUGUGAACGAGGGAGAGAGUGGCCUAUUUUACGUGUAUAGCCCCUUGUAGCAACGUUCGUAAAAGGGCAAUUUUUGUGCGCAAGCCAGUAUAUUAGCCAGGGAUGCAAAGGGAAUGUGUAAGAUAGACAACGAAGCACGGAAAGUGAUUGGUGGCAGAAUCGGUAUCGAAAUCGGCCGAUCCUGCCUGCCUGCCGAUCUGUGUACCUAACAUAAGUAGGACAGAGAACAAAUUGAAGCAAAAAAAGUGAAGAGAGAGAGAGAGAGAGAGAGAUUGGUGCACCGGUUUGUUGAUACGUUGUUGAUCGGUUUCAUUAUUAGCUAGCAAAAUUGUGAGCCGCCAGUUCGUUUGUUUGCUAAUCGGCGCGAGGAAAAAGGAAAGACUACGAAUAUACAAUCUUGCUCCUUCUGGUUGGGUGGGAAGCGGCAGGACAUGCUACAGCGGCAGAGCCUACUGUGUUGCUCCUCGUUUGUGCUGUAAUUUAACUGAUAUUGAAGGUAUAGACAAACGGUGAGGUGACAGCAUAUGAGGUCGAUUUUUGGAUAGAGAACAACGGAAAGGAAUACACAGAAGCUAGGACGGAAUGUGAGGAAACGAAUGUUCAGACUGUGUGUGUGUGUGUGUGUGUGUGGUGGUAAUUUUGUACAUGCUAUACAAUAUUAGAUAGCUUGCGAAAACGAAA